CAACUCAAACGUCUACCAUUUGCCUUGUACACUGAAAGAUUGCUUCCAGACCUGGUACUGACUCUAAAAAAAGAAACAGAACUUUGGAAGGCAGAAACGCACAGAAGAACUGAAAGAAGGAUUAAAACUAAAGGCGCUGAAAAAAACUUGUUCGGCAGCAUUUUUCUGUUUUGUCUGGCUUGUUCACUAAUUCCCUGGCAAAUAUCUGUGACUGUUAAAAUGGCAAACAUCAAUGGAUCCUUUUACCAACUCAUUGAAGACUGUGAAGCCACACACAAGGCACUGUAUAAGUUCUAUGCAGCUGUCAUGAUUGUGAUUUUUAUCUUGGCUUUGCCUCUGAAUGCAUCGGUCCUCCACCUCUUCAUAUUCAAGCUCAAGUUCUGGAAAUCCAACACCAACAAUGUCUUCCUCUUCAACCUGGUCCUGGCUGACAUUCUCCUGCUCUUCUGUUUGCCAAUAAAGGCAUAUAACUUCAUCGACGGAGAGAGGAGGAGUAAGAACGACACCGUCUGCAAAGCUAUGCUCUUCAUGUUGUUUUUAAACCGCGGCGCCAGCAUCGCCUUCCUAACAGUGACUUCCAUUGAUCGAUACUUUAACGUGGUGCACCCUGGUCGAAAGAAUCUCCUAAAAGCGCUCAAGAAAUCUCCUCAGAUCUCCAUUCUCAUCUGGCUGCUACUUCUGCCUCUCACCAUCCCCACCAUGCUCAAGAACUUUGAUUGCUGCAACAGCCACAAAAGCGACGCAAAAGACGACACCUUAGUCAAGGAUGUGGUGGACAGCAUGAGAGAGGUGGUCUUCUUCACUCAGAUCCUCAUCCCUUUCGUCAUCCUGGUCUACUGCACGGUGCACAUCGUCAACCGGCUCAGGAAGAAAACAGUCGGGGACAAAACCAAGCUGAAGAGGGCAGUGUUUCUGGUGAUGUCCGUCAUGGUGGUCUUCUCCUUUUGCUUCCUCCCCUGCACCAUAGCCAGGAUGGUUCUGCUGAUCGUGCGGGUCCAGGAAUUGAGUGAAUCCGCCCAGGAUAAAGCUGCUGUGGCCUUCGACGGCCUCAUGGUCCUCUCCUAUAUGGACUGUCUACUGGAUCCACUAGUCUACUGCUUCUGUAGCACCAAGUUUAAAGGGCUUUAUCUCUCCAACUACUUCCCGUUUUUAGUAAAAGAUGGUGCAGUGCCGUUAGAGAGCUCAACAGGAAACACAACACAGCCUCCACGCAAUAAUGUAAUUUGAAGUUAAUGUAAACAAAGGAUGGGUAGCUGCUGUACAGAGUGUAGGCUCUCUCUGUAGGGACACCUGUUCAAACCAACAGGAGACUGACUGUGCAGAAGAAAUGUACUGACUUCAUGAAAGAGGUCUCUGAAGGUAAAGUGUGCUAUGAAGAUGAGGCAUAUGAUCAUUAUUUAACUUGCUAUUUUCUCAAUAUUCCUCAGACAAACAGAAGUACAAAUUAUAAAUAGCAGGGACCGUUAGGGUCUUUGGUGUCAUGAGUUUUUAGUAUCAUGAGCUGGUAAAAUGAAUAUCAUGUGUUUUUCAGUCCAGUAGAUCUCACACAAUAGUGGCUUGAGGGGUGAAAUUGAAAACAGAAUCUAUUAGGGGAAAUGCCUCCCAGCUAAAAUAUUCACAUCUGUUUUUCGGUUUGUCUUGGACAGUGAACCAUAGAAACAUUCUGUUCAAAAACAGGAAUUUUAUCUGUACUAUGAAAUCAUACCAAUGUCAUACAGCCUUUGUCUUGUCAAGCAAGCAUUGGUAUAUAUAUAUAUAUAUGUGUAUGUAGCUGACCCUAAAACAGAUGGGCCAUAGUCUGUCCCCUAUUACAUAAGACUUCAAGUCCUUCUCCUGUAGUGUGGACUACACAAAAGUCUACACUCUUUCUUCCUCAAGAAUGCUGGGACUUAGUCCCUGCCUCUUUUUUCACUCACCCAUCCUGACUCAUGGCAGCUCGAGCACACCAGCUCACAUGUUUGAACCUAACAAUCGAUCCUGAAGAAGAAGAAUGUCAUGGAGUCCCAACCUGCAAGUUCAUAAGAUCAGUCUCUUAAGUUUGCUAUGUAUGAAACUCUGGAAGUCUGAAUCCAUGCUUUUGAGAUUGUCAUCAGCACACUGCAGAUUCAAGGUGGAAAUAUUCAGCCAAGGUGUUGAUUUCGUGUUUUGGUAAUGAUAAGUCUUUUAGCAUAUAAAAACAUCACAUAGCCAAGUUAACAAGAUCAAAAAAAAAUAGAUUUUCACCAGAAGACACUGGUUACUAAUGCUGAUUUAAUAUUGUGUUGUAAAACUGUUCAUACUGUAUGUAUAGAGGUAUGGGGGUAAUUGCUAUGUAAAUGUUUUCUGUCUAGAGUACGUUCUUGUAAAUACAUUUAUGAAAAGGUUACAGUAAACUGCUCCUCAUUGUUAGGAACACCCGCCAUUAACCGAGUACGCAAAGUCACAUCCCUCAAAGUGUCAAAUUCCCCUGAAUAACAGUAUAAAUCAUGAGUCAUAAUUUAAACCGGACUGAACUGCACUUCAUCCAGAAUUACUCACACAAAGUUCACUGUACCUGUAUAAGUCACUGGGAUGACUUCACUCGUUCUAAGGAAUCAUCAAUGGAAAUGAUACAGUGACUGAGGUUAUGUCUACUUUUCACUGUCUGACUAUAAAUAGACUCACUUAAGUAAUCAAUGAGCUGGAGUCUGGUGAGUCUACGUUGCAUUUCAUAUAAAAUUGACGUCUUUGGUGUGUUUAAAGAUUAAUCAGUGUGAGUCACCAACAACAUCAUUGAUUUCUAUUUGCAAUGACAUUGUUUGAAAAGGUGAAACUGUAAUGUUAUACUGACACACUGUGGAAUAUUCAAAAACUUUCUUGUAAAAAAAAAAAAAAUAAAAAAAAAA